AGUGUGUGUAAUUCCCUGAAGAGUAUAAAUCAAUGAAUAACGAGGAAGAGCUCUCUCUGAUCUGUUAAAAGUUCACUCUCAACGAAGAGCUCUUCCUUCUUCAACCCUGUAUGUUGACUUCAAUCCUAGUGCUGCAAUAGAUUCACACUCAUAAAUCUGAAGAGAUCGUAGUUAGGGUUUUAGUUCUUGGUGUAGUAGGUUUCAACAAAUGUCCGGGCUUAAUCGAUCCUCCAGCGCUCCUUCAAAGAACGGUCUCCCCCCUCAAGAAUUGCUCGAUGAUCUCUGCAGUCGGUUUGUUCUGAAUGUGCCAAAGGAAGAUCAACAAUCUUUUGAGAGGAUUUUGUUUCUUGUGGAGUACGCACAUUGGUUUUACGAAGACAAUUCUGUUGAGAACAAUCCAUCAUUGAAAUCUUUCACUCUUAAGGAAUUCACUUCUUUGUUAUUUAACAGCUGUGAUGUUUUAAAACCAUACGUUGCCCAUAUAGAUGACAUUUUCAAGGACUUCACCUCAUAUAAGGUUCGAGUUCCAGUCACAGGAGCCAUAAUUCUGGAUGAGACUUAUGAACGGUGCUUGCUAGUGAAGGGAUGGAAAGGAUCAAGCUGGAGUUUCCCUCGUGGAAAAAAGAAUAAGGAUGAAGAAGACCAUACGUGUGCCAUUAGAGAGGUUUUGGAGGAAACAGGGUUUGAUGUCUCAAAACUUCUUAACAAAGAAGAGCAUAUAGAGAUGGUAUUUGGACAGCAAAGAGUGCGGCUUUACAUAAUUGCUGGAGUGAAAGAUGAUACAGCCUUUGCACCACAAACCAAAAAGGAGAUUAGUGAAAUAGCAUGGCAGCGACUUGAUGAACUCCAGCCAGCAAAUGGUGAUGUCAUCUCUCGCAGUUACACUGGCCUCAAACUUUACAUGGUUGCUCCAUUUCUAACGUCUUUAAAAGCAUGGAUUUCAGCACAUCAGCCUCCAGUAGCACCCAGAUCCGAUAGACCCACGAAAGGAAUUAGCAUGUGGAGGGCAAAGAGCAGCUCUGGUGGAAGCACAGUGGUAACAGAGAGUCAGCCAAGCAAAUCGACAACUGAUGUGCAACCUGUAGAAAUUGGUCCCGGUAGAAGCUUCAGAAACUUCCGAUUUGAUACUGCUCCAAUACAUAAAGCAAUCGAUGCUGCCUUCUGUCCAUAAAGACUCUGCAACGUUAGCUGCCGGUCCUCCUCUCUGUAAAGGGAUUGUGCAUUGGAAGCGAAGGAGUUAAAGUCCGUGCACCUUUGUAAAGUUUGACUUGCAUGUAAUUUGGUUUCUUUUAGCUAGGUGUAUCUGCCAUUGACACGACACAUCUAGGGUUGGUUCGUUCGUGGGCUAUAUAGAACCUCUCUCACUUUCUCAGCCAUGAUGGAUGCAUUCCAUGUGUUCCAGAUUCAGGUUGCUAUGCAUGUACAUUUUGUACAGUGGCCUUGCAAUGAAUAGACAUUUGUAUUUGUAGACACUUUUUGAUCUGUUUUUAAUGGUCAUAUCAACCCUCUUUUUGGAUC